ACGAGAAGCUCGAUCGGAGCCCCCCCCCCCCCCUCUCUCUGCAGCGUGAUCUCUUGCUUCGUCGCGGAGCAGUUUUGGAAACGACAGGUUGGGAGUAGGUUAUCCUCUGCGAUGGGUUUUCUUAGAUCAGCUCCUCCCCCUGUUUGUUUGUCAAGCCGACAUUGCUCGCACUGGGCUCGAAUCUACUUGAAGUACUGCCUUUGUAGUGUAAAGGAUGGAAUGGCUUUAUUUCUUGGAACUAUCAGUAUCAUCAGCUGGGGAAUUGCAGAGGUUCCUCAAAUCAUCACAAAUUACCGGCAGAAAUCUACUGAAGGCCUCUCAAUUGCUUUUCUAUUGACAUGGGUUGUGGGAGACUUAUUUAACUUCAUUGGCUGUCUACUGGAGCCUGCUACUUUGCCAACGCAGUAUUAUGUGGCACUGUUAUACACAGCAACAACAUUGAUUCUGACAGGACAAACUAUAUAUUAUGGUCACAUUUAUCACAGAUUUAAAGCAAACUGUGGAGUGCCUGGCAGGAGACAAAAAUAUUAUCAGGAAGAUGCAUCAGAAAGAGAAAGCCUGUUAGGAGAUGCAAAGAAAACUAGAGUUGUUGGUGACCGAGGACAUGAUGCAAAGGAAGGCAAUCUACCAAGCUCACCAAUUCCUGUUGCUGGACAAGUGUUCCAUGAUUCCUGUGGGAAAGACUUUUAUUACAUGUCAGCACGAUCUUUAAAAAAGAGCCCAGUGCCUACUUUUGGUUUUUGGUCAGUACAUUCACAUGAUGAUGGAAGGGCACCUCCCAUCGAUGGAAAUCAGCAAUCUCCACAGUCUGCACCAUCUAAUUUGGAUACUAAAAAUAUGUUUUCAAUUGUACCGUCAGUUGCAUUUUUCUUUGGUAUAUGUGUUAUUCGCUCUUACAUCAGUAAUAUGCACACUGCAUCAUCACCUGGUGGAAUGGUUAUACUAGUUGGCCGAAAGUUGUUGCAGGACAAGGUUCAGGAUGAUGGAAGUAGUGGUGUUGGAACAUUACUUGGCUGGGCAAUGGCAGCAAUCUAUAUGGGGGGAAGGCUUCCUCAGAUAUGUUUAAAUAUUAGAAGGGGGAACGUGAAGGGCCUUAACCCACUGAUGUUUAUAUUUGCGCUGACUGGAAAUGCAACCUACGUGGGAAGUAUCCUUGUAAAUAGCUUGGAAUGGUCUAAACUCAGGCCCAAUCUCCCAUGGCUAGUUGAUGCUGGUGGAUGUGUCAUACUGGAUGCUUUUAUUCUCAUCCAGUUUGCCUAUUUUCAUAUUCGAGAAAGCAACAAGCGUGAAUCUGAAGAUAAUCCAGUUUAGUUGAGAUGAAUAGUAGUUUCAGAGAUUCCAGAGAUGAAACUUUCUCAGGAACUAGAGCUGGCAAGGUGAAUACGCAGGGGUGGACUGUGGUCACUUUUCUGCGGCAUGUAAUUUGGAAGUCGAUAAUCACAUCAGAUUAAUACGAUUCCAGGUGUAUGCGGAGCUGGUAAUCGAACUGUUAGCCCUGACGGCAGCGGUCAUUUGUCCAUUUAUGCUAACUGCUCUACUCUUGUUAUCGUCACUCUUUGGAUGAGGCUUGAAUUUUAAGCUGCUUUUUUUUUGUGACUCAAAAAUAUUUGGAUUCUUGACAUGGUGACAGCAUUCUGAUCUUGGUUGGUUGCAGUAAGGAGUGGCUAAUGUACGUUCUUUAUGCAGUAUUAGAGGAAUGUGGAAUAU